AUGGGUAGAGGUGGUGGGACACGAAUACCACUAUGGAUAUCAAUACUAGCACUUUCCUUCAUACACAUUAAAGUUCAAGCCCAGGAUGAUGAACUACAAACAAAAUCAAACUAUGUCUCUCCAUCCAUCCUGCAGCGACAAAAGCAUUUUCCACCAGCUUCAAAUUCCAGAGAAGUGACAAUCAUUCCACCUCUUCAAAAUGCAUUGAAAGUAAAAGCUGGCAACCCCUAUCACAAUGGCCGUGUGUGCAGCACAUGGGGAAAUUUCCACUUCAAGACUUUCGAUGGGGACAUCUUUUACUUCCCUGGGCUUUGCAAUUACAUCUUUGCAUCCAACUGCAAGUCUCCCUAUGAGGACUUCAACAUCCAGAUUAGGCGCACGAAGGUGGAAAAUGCUACCAUGAUCACUCAUGUCAUCAUGAAGCUGGAAGGCACAGUGAUUGAACUGACCCAGGGUUCUGUUCUGCUUGAUGGCAAAUCGGUUCAGAUGCCCUACAGCCAUAUGGGAGUCUUGAUACAGAGAAGUAACAGCUAUUUGAAAGUUUCGGCCAAGAUAGGACUGACCUUCCUUUGGAAUGAAGAGGACGCCCUCCUGGUGGAACUAGAUAAGAAAUAUGCCAAUCAAACUUGUGGACUAUGUGGGGACUUUAACGGAGUUCCAAUUAGCAAUGAAUUUAUUUCAGAGAAGGUAAAACUGACUUCCCUACAGUUUGGGAAUAGGCAGAAGAUGGAUGGACCCACAGAGCAAUGCGCUGAUCCUGUUCCUCCUGCUGUUCUGAUGAACUGCUCGGCUGAAUUUGCUUCUAUCUGUGAGACAGUAUUAACCAGUAAAGCAUUUACAAGCUGUAAUGCACUUGUGAAUGUUCAGGACUACAUUGAAACUUGCAUACAAGACCUAUGCCACUGUGACAGCUCUAUGGCUGACUUCUGCAUGUGCAACACCUUUGCUGAAUACUCCCGGCAGUGUGCUCACGCAGGUGGACAGCCUCUGAACUGGAGAACCUCAGAACUGUGUCCCAAAACAUGUCCUUUCAACAUGCGAUACCAGGAGUGUGGCUCCCCUUGCUCUGACACGUGCAGCAACUCAGAACGAUCUGCACUUUGUGAAGAUCAUUGCACAGACGGCUGCGUCUGCCCUCCAGGAAUGGUAUUUGAUGACAUUAAUGGUGCUGGCUGCAUUCCCCGUAAAGAAUGCCACUGUACCUAUGAAGGUGAAACUUAUGCUCCUGGUGCCUCAUUCUCAUCAAAAUGCAGAUCAUGUACUUGUGCUGGAGGUGAAUGGUCUUGUGUCACCCAGUCAUGCCCCGGGACUUGCAGUAUUGAAGGAGGUUCCCACAUUUCAACAUUUGAUGAGAAACAUUAUUCCUUCUUUGGAGACUGUAGCUAUGUACUAACCAAGCUCUGUGAUAGCAAUGAAUUCAGUGUUCUGGGAGAUAUCCACAAGUGUGGCCUAACUGACACUGAGACAUGCCUCAAGGGUAUAGCCAUCAGCUUAAGUGGAGGACAAACUAACAUUGUGAUCCAGCCUUCUGGCAGUGUAUUUGUGAAUAUGAUCUACACACAGCUGCCAUUCUCUGCCGCAAAUGUCACAAUCUUCAGACCAUCAUCUUUCUUCAUCAUUCUGCAAACAACCUUUGGUCUUCAGCUACAGGUUCAGCUCGUGCCUCUCAUGCAACUUUUUAUAGACUUAGACCCAUCACAUAAAGGGCAGACCUGUGGUCUCUGUGGAAAUUUCAAUGACAUGCAGAUAGACGAUUUCAAAACCACCAGUGGUGUAAUAGAGGGUACUUCAGCUGCCUUUGGCAAUACUUGGAAAAUUCGGGCUGACUGUCCUGAUGCCAAAAAUACUUUUGAGAACCCUUGUACUGUCAGUAUACAAAAUGACCAGUAUGCCCAACACUGGUGUGGACUGCUCUCUGAUACCACAGGACCUUUUGCUGAAUGUCACUCAACAGUGAAUCCGGAAGUCUACCAGAAGAACUGCAUGUUCGACACGUGUAACUGUGAGAAGAGUGAAGACUGCAUGUGUGCUGCCCUUUCCAGCUAUGUCAGGGCCUGUGCCACCAAAGGUGUUCUCCUUACAGGAUGGAGGAGCAAAGCCUGCACAAAAUACACCACCUUGUGUCCAAAAUCCUUGAAGUACACUUAUAAUGUCAAUUCCUGUCAACCCACCUGCCGGUCUCUGAGUGAGCCUGAUGUCACAUGCAGCACCAAGUUUGUGCCAGUUGAUGGUUGCACCUGCAUAAAUGGAACCUACAUGGAUGAAAGUGGCAAAUGCGUCCCUGCUUCUAGCUGUCCUUGUUACUACAAAGGAAUGCCUCUGUCUUCUGGAGAAGUUAUGCAUGAUAAUGGUGUUGUCUGCACUUGCACCAAUGGAAAGCUAAGCUGCAUUGGAGAGAAACCUGAACCAGACUGCGUACCUCCCAUGGUCUAUAUUGACUGUGGCAAUGCCACUGCAGAUGUGGUAGGAGCAGGAUGCCAGAAGAGCUGUCAGACUCUAGAUAUGGAAUGUUACAAAACCCACUGUGUCUCUGGCUGUGUAUGUCCCCAUAAUCAAGUGUUAGAUGGCAAAGGUGGCUGUAUAGCUCCAGAAGACUGUCCAUGUGUUCACAAUGGGAAUUUCUACAAUCCAGGAGAAUCAAUAAGAGUUGGCUGUAACAACUGCACAUGCAGAAACAGAAAAUGGCACUGCUCUGAGAAUCCUUGUUUAGAAACCUGUUCUGUUUAUGGAGAUGGGCAUUACACCACCUUUGAUGGCAAACGCUUUGAUUUUGAAGGGGACUGUGAAUAUGUUCUGGUCCAGAACUACUGUGGUCAUCAAGGUAUGAAUCAGGGAACCUUCAGAGUCAUUACUGAGAAUAUUCCAUGCGGUACUACAGGAACCACCUGCUCUAAGUCUAUUAAAGUUUUCCUGGGAAACUAUGAGCUGGUACUCAGUGAUGGACGCUCCGAUGUCAUUGAGAGGACACCUGGAGGAAAAAUGCCAUUCCAAAUCCGUUCCAUGGGCAUCUACCUGGUGGUCGACACUACUGCUGGCUUGAUACUCAUGUGGGACAAGAAAACCAGUAUAUUCAUCAAACUUAGUCCCAGCUUUCAGGGACAUGUCUGUGGACUUUGCGGAAACUAUGAUGGCAAUGGAAAUAAUGACUUCACUACUCGCAGUCAGUCUGUGGUAGGAAAUGUGCUGGAGUUUGCCAAUAGCUGGAAAGUGUCUUCUAGUUGCCCAAAUGCUAAUCGUACCAAGGAUCCAUGCACUGCAAAUCCAUACAGGAAAGCCUGGGCACAGAAGCAGUGCAGCAUUAUCACCAGUGAUGUAUUUGCGAAGUGUCACUCCCAGGUUGAACCAAAUGAAUAUUAUCAAGCAUGUGUGGAUGAUGCUUGUGCCUGCGACACUGGAGGAGACUGUGAAUGUUUCUGUACAGCAGUAGCUGCCUAUGCUCAAGCAUGCAAUGAGCUGGACAUCUGCAUUUCCUGGAGAACCCCAUCCAUUUGCCCUCUGUUCUGUGAUUACUACAAUCCACAAGGGGAAUGUGAGUGGCACUACAAGCCAUGUGGAGCCCCUUGUAUGAAGACCUGCAAGAAUCCAAGUGGGAACUGUGUUCAUGAGUUGAGAGGUUUGGAAGGCUGCUAUCCACACUGUCCAAAGAAUGCGCCCUAUUUUGAUGAAGAAACCAUGACUUGUGUGUCUAAUUGUGGUUGUUAUGAAAAUGGAAAAAAUUACAAACCAGGAAUGCAGAUGCCUUCAAAUCAGAAUUGUCAGUCAUGUGAAUGCACAAAUCAUGGCAAAAAAUGCAAAUAUGAUGAAAAUGAAUGUGUCUGCUUUUAUGAGGGCCAGAAAUACAACUAUAAAGAUGUGGUCUACAAUACUACAGAUGGCACAGGAGGGUGUAUUGUCGCAACCUGUGGCCCCAAUGGAACACUUGAAAGGAUUGUAUAUGAAUGUCCAGUCUCAUCACCCACAACAGCAACAACAUUUCACUUCAGCACUACAUCACCCACCCCUUCUUCCACAGUGUCACCAACUACAUCAGUGUGUGUUCAUGAAGUCUGUGAGUGGUCAGAAUGGUAUGAUGGAAGUUUGCAAACCCCUGGCUAUGAUGGUGGAGAUUUUGAAACCUUUGAAGAUUUGAGAGCCAAAGGUUAUGAAGUCUGUAAAGCUCCACGGGCCGUGGAAUGCAGAGCAGAGAAAUUCCCUAAUAUACCACUUAAAGACCUUGGGCAAAAAGUAGAAUGCAGUACAACAUCCGGGCUUAUAUGUUACAACAAAGAUCAAAUUUCAACAAUGUGCGACAAUUACGAAAUCAGAAUCUUAUGUUGUGUUUUUGUCCCAUGCUCUUCCACAACACAUUUCAGCACAUCAAAACCAAUCACAACUGUGGCGAAGACGACAGAAACACCAAGUUCCACUGAAAUAACUACAAGGUUUUCAACCACUACAUCACCAGUUACUACAACAGUAACAACUUCAACUAUUACAGAAACAACCACAAGCACAACCAAAAUUACAUCUAUCACUUUGUCACCUUCAACAACUACUCACUGCAUUAAAGAAGAAUGUCACUGGUCAAUGUGGUAUGAUGUCUAUUAUCCAGGGUCUGGAUACAAUGAUGGAGAUUUUGAAACAAUAGAGAACAUUGAAAAAAAGGGAUACGAAGUCUGUGAAAACAGAAAGGCUGUGGAAUGCAGAGCAGUGAGGUUUCCAAACACCCCAUAUCCCCUCUUAGAGCAAAAUAUAACAUGUAAUACAGAAGAAGGGUUGAUAUGCUACAACAAACAACAACUGCCGCCCAUCUGCUAUAAUUACAAACUAAGGUUUAAAUGCUGCACAAAUAUACAAGUACCAUGUCAACAAACUACAGUACCCAUUAUAACCACAAAAGAACCAAAAACAACCAAAAUAUUUUCAACAGUUAAAAGUACAUCAACAGAAACAGCAACAACACCACACUUGCAAACUAAAUAUCAGACAACUACAAUAUCAAUGCCGACACCACAAACUGGACAUAUUCAUUCUAGAUAUACAACAACAGAGCCAAGAACCACAAUGCAAAGGUCUACCACAGCAAGAACCUCGACCAGCGUACAACACCCAACAACAACGCAGUACACCAGCACCGCCUGCGAGCCCGAAAUCUGCUCCUGGAGCGAGUGGUUCGACGUCGACUUCCCCUCCAAAGGGCCCAACCAGGGAGACUUUGAAACCUACCAGCACAUCCGGGCCGCCGGGAAGGAAGUCUGUCAGCAUCCAAAGGAGAUCGAGUGCCGGGCGGAGCAAUACCCCGACCUUCCCAUCCAGUCCGUCGGACAGGUCGUGCAGUGCGACGUCCACUUUGGGCUGGUGUGCAAGAACCAAGACCAGACGGGCAAAUUUAAGAUGUGCCUCAACUACAGGAUCCGCGUCCUCUGCUGCAGCCCCAACUACAACUGCCCCAGCAGCACAACCCUGCCCAUCUCCAGCCCCACCACCACCACCGUCCGCAGCACUCCAACCUCCACCGAGGUCACGACCUCCACCUCCACGCCCUUCUCCUCCACCGCCACGCUGCCCACCUCCUCAGAAACCACACCGCAAACCUCCACCAGCACCAGCAGCCCCACGCCCACACCUACCACGCACUUCCCCACCCUGAGCUCCACCACCACCCAGUACACCAGCACCGCCUGCGAGCCCGAAAUCUGCUCCUGGAGCGAGUGGUUCGACGUCGACUUCCCCUCCAAAGGGCCCAACCAGGGAGACUUUGAAACCUACCAGCACAUCCGGGCCGCCGGGAAGGAAGUCUGUCAGCAUCCAAAGGAGAUCGAGUGCCGGGCGGAGCAAUACCCCGACCUUCCCAUCCAGUCCGUCGGACAGGUCGUGCAGUGCGACGUCCACUUUGGGCUGGUGUGCAAGAACCAAGACCAGACGGGCAAAUUUAAGAUGUGCCUCAACUACAGGAUCCGCGUCCUCUGCUGCAGCCCCAACUACAACUGCCCCAGCAGCACAACCCUGCCCAUCUCCAGCCCCACCACCACCACCGUCCGCAGCACUCCAACCUCCACCGAGGUCACGACCUCCACCUCCACGCCCUUCUCCUCCACCGCCACGCUGCCCACCUCCUCAGAAACCACACCGCAAACCUCCACCAGCACCAGCAGCCCCACGCCCACACCUACCACGCACUUCCCCACCCUGAGCUCCACCACCACCCAGUACACCAGCACCGCCUGCGAGCCCGAAAUCUGCUCCUGGAGCGAGUGGUUCGACGUCGACUUCCCCUCCAAAGGGCCCAACCAGGGAGACUUUGAAACCUACCAGCACAUCCGGGCCGCCGGGAAGGAAGUCUGUCAGCAUCCAAAGGAGAUCGAGUGCCGGGCGGAGCAAUACCCCGACCUUCCCAUCCAGUCCGUCGGACAGGUCGUGCAGUGCGACGUCCACUUUGGGCUGGUGUGCAAGAACCAAGACCAGACGGGCAAAUUUAAGAUCCCCACCACCACCACCGUCCGCAGCACUCCAACCUCCACCGAGGUCACGACCUCCACCUCCACGCCCUUCUCCUCCACCGCCACGCUGCCCACCUCCUCAGAAACCACACCGCAAACCUCCACCAGCACCAGCAGCCCCACGCCCACACCUACCACGCACUUCCCCACCCUGAGCUCCACCACCACCCAGUACACCAGCACCGCCUGCGAGCCCGAAAUCUGCUCCUGGAGCGAGUGGUUCGACGUCGACUUCCCCUCCAAAGGGCCCAACCAGGGAGACUUUGAAACCUACCAGCACAUCCGGGCCGCCGGGAAGGAAGUCUGUCAGCAUCCAAAGGAGAUCGAGUGCCGGGCGGAGCAAUACCCCGACCUUCCCAUCCAGUCCGUCGGACAGGUCGUGCAGUGCGACGUCCACUUUGGGCUGGUGUGCAAGAACCAAGACCAGACGGGCAAAUUUAAGAUGUGCCUCAACUACAGGAUCCGCGUCCUCUGCUGCAGCCCCAACUACAACUGCCCCAGCAGCACAACCCUGCCCAUCUCCAGCCCCACCACCACCACCGUCCGCAGCACUCCAACCUCCACCGAGGUCACGACCUCCACCUCCACGCCCUUCUCCUCCACCGCCACGCUGCCCACCUCCUCAGAAACCACACCGCAAACCUCCACCAGCACCAGCAGCCCCACGCCCACACCUACCACGCACCUCCCCACCCUGAGCUCCACCACCACCCAUGGUUCGACGUCGACUUCCCCUCCAAAGGGCCCAACCAGGGAGACUUUGAAACCUACCAGCACAUCCGGGCCGCCGGGAAGGAAGUCUGUCAGCAUCCAAAGGAGAUCGAGUGCCGGGCGGAGCAAUACCCCGACCUUCCCAUCCAGUCCGUCGGACAGGUCGUGCACCCCACCACCACCACCGUCCGCAGCACUCCAACCUCCACCGAGGUCACGACCUCCACCUCCACGCCCUUCUCCUCCACCGCCACGCUGCCCACCUCCUCAGAAACCACACCGCAAACCUCCACCAGCACCAGCAGCCCCACGCCCACACCUACCACGCACCUUCCCCACCCUGAGCUCCACCACCACCCAGUACACCAGCACCGCCUGCGAGCCCGAAAUCUGCUCCUGGAGCGAGUGGUUCGACGUCGACUUCCCCUCCAAAGGGCCCAACCAGGGAGACUUUGAAACCUACCAGCACAUCCGGGCCGCCGGGAAGGAAGUCUGUCAGCAUCCAAAGGAGAUCGAGUGCCGGGCGGAGCAAUACCCCGACCUUCCCAUCCAGUCCGUCGGACAGGUCGUGCAGUGCGACGUCCACUUUGGGCUGGUGUGCAAGAACCAAGACCAGACGGCCCCACCACCACCACCGUCCGCAGGCACUCCAACCUCCACCGAGGUCACGACCUCCACCUCCACGCCCUUCUCCUCCACCGCCACGCUGCCCACCUCCUCAGAAACCACACCGCAAACCUCCACCAGCACCAGCAGCCCCACGCCCACACCUACCACGCACUUCCCCACCCUGAGCUCCACCACCACCCAGUACACCAGCACCGCCUGCGAGCCCGAAAUCUGCUCCUGGAGCGAGUGGUUCGACGUCGACUUCCCCUCCAAAGGGCCCAACCAGGGAGACUUUGAAACCUACCAGCACAUCCGGGCCGCCGGGAAGGAAGUCUGUCAGCAUCCAAAGGAGAUCGAGUGCCGGGCGGAGCAAUACCCCGACCUUCCCAUCCAGUCCGUCGGACAGGUCGUGCAGUGCGACGUCCACUUUGGGCUGGUGUGCAAGAACCAAGACCAGACGGGCAAAUUUAAGAUGUGCCUCAACUACAGGAUCCGCGUCCUCUGCUGCAGCCCCAACUACAACUGCCCCAGCAGCACAACCCUGCCCAUCUCCAGCCCCACCACCACCACCGUCCGCAGCACUCCAACCUCCACCGAGGUCACGACCUCCACCUCCACGCCCUUCUCCUCCACCGCCACGCUGCCCACCUCCUCAGAAACCACACCGCAAACCUCCACCAGCACCAGCAGCCCCACGCCCACACCUACCACGCACUUCCCCACCCUGAGCUCCACCACCACCCAGUACACCAGCACCGCCUGCGAGCCCGAAAUCUGCUCCUGGAGCGAGUGGUUCGACGUCGACUUCCCCUCCAAAGGGCCCAACCAGGGAGACUUUGAAACCUACCAGCACAUCCGGGCCGCCGGGAAGGAAGUCUGUCAGCAUCCAAAGGAGAUCGAGUGCCGGGCGGAGCAAUACCCCGACCUUCCCAUCCAGUCCGUCGGACAGGUCGUGCAGUGCGACGUCCACUUUGGGCUGGUGUGCAAGAACCAAGACCAGACGGGCAAAUUUAAGAUCCCCACCACCACCACCGUCCGCAGCACUCCAACCUCCACCGAGGUCACGACCUCCACCUCCACGCCCUUCUCCUCCACCGCCACGCUGCCCACCUCCUCAGAAACCACACCGCAAACCUCCACCAGCACCAGCAGCCCCACGCCCACACCUACCACGCACUUCCCCACCCUGAGCUCCACCACCACCCAGUACACCAGCACCGCCUGCGAGCCCGAAAUCUGCUCCUGGAGCGAGUGGUUCGACGUCGACUUCCCCUCCAAAGGGCCCAACCAGGGAGACUUUGAAACCUACCAGCACAUCCGGGCCGCCGGGAAGGAAGUCUGUCAGCAUCCAAAGGAGAUCGAGUGCCGGGCGGAGCAAUACCCCGACCUUCCCAUCCAGUCCGUCGGACAGGUCGUGCAGUGCGACGUCCACUUUGGGCUGGUGUGCAAGAACCAAGACCAGACGGGCAAAUUUAAGAUCCCCACCACCACCACCGUCCGCAGCACUCCAACCUCCACCGAGGUCACGACCUCCACCUCCACGCCCUUCUCCUCCACCGCCACGCUGCCCACCUCCUCAGAAACCACACCGCAAACCUCCACCAGCACCAGCAGCCCCACGCCCACACCUACCACGCACUUCCCCACCCUGAGCUCCACCACCACCCAGUACACCAGCACCGCCUGCGAGCCCGAAAUCUGCUCCUGGAGCGAGUGGUUCGACGUCGACUUCCCCUCCAAAGGGCCCAACCAGGGAGACUUUGAAACCUACCAGCACAUCCGGGCCGCCGGGAAGGAAGUCUGUCAGCAUCCAAAGGAGAUCGAGUGCCGGGCGGAGCAAUACCCCGACCUUCCCAUCCAGUCCGUCGGACAGGUCGUGCAGUGCGACGUCCACUUUGGGCUGGUGUGCAAGAACCAAGACCAGACGGGCAAAUUUAAGAUGUGCCUCAACUACAGGAUCCGCGUCCUCUGCUGCAGCCCCAACUACAACUGCCCCAGCAGCACAACCCUGCCCAUCUCCAGCCCCACCACCACCACCGUCCGCAGCACUCCAACCUCCACCGAGGUCACGACCUCCACCUCCACACCCUUCUCCUCCACCGCCACGCUGCCCACCUCCUCAGAAACCACACCGCAAACCUCCACCAGCACCAGCAGCCCCACGCCCACACCUACCACGCACCUCCCCACCCUGAGCUCCACCACCACCCAGUACACCAGCACCGCCUGCGAGCCCGAAAUCUGCUCCUGGAGCGAGUGGUUCGACGUCGACUUCCCCUCCAAAGGGCCCAACCAGGGAGACUUUGAAACCUACCAGCACAUCCGGGCCGCCGGGAAGGAAGUCUGUCAGCAUCCAAAGGAGAUCGAGUGCCGGGCGGAGCAAUACCCCGACCUUCCCAUCCAGUCCGUCGGACAGGUCGUGCAGUGCGACGUCCACUUUGGGCUGGUGUGCAAGAACCAAGACCAGACGGGCAAAUUUAAGAUGUGCCUCAACUACAGGAUCCGCGUCCUCUGCUGCAGCCCCAACUACAACUGCCCCAGCAGCACAACCCUGCCCAUCUCCAGCCCCACCACCACCACCGUCCGCAGCACUCCAACCUCCACCGAGGUCACGACCUCCACCUCCACGCCCUUCUCCUCCACCGCCACGCUGCCCACCUCCUCAGAAACCACACCGCAAACCUCCACCAGCACCAGCAGCCCCACGCCCACACCUACCACGCACUUCCCCACCCUGAGCUCCACCACCACCCAGUACACCAGCACCGCCUGCGAGCCCGAAAUCUGCUCCUGGAGCGAGUGGUUCGACGUCGACUUCCCCUCCAAAGGGCCCAACCAGGGAGACUUUGAAACCUACCAGCACAUCCGGGCCGCCGGGAAGGAAGUCUGUCAGCAUCCAAAGGAGAUCGAGUGCCGGGCGGAGCAAUACCCCGACCUUCCCAUCCAGUCCGUCGGACAGGUCGUGCAGUGCGACGUCCACUUUGGGCUGGUGUGCAAGAACCAAGACCAGACGGGCAAAUUUAAGAUGUGCCUCAACUACAGGAUCCGCGUCCUCUGCUGCAAAACCACACCGCAAACCUCCACCAGCACCAGCAGCCCCACGCCCACACCUACCACGCACUUCCCCACCCUGAGCUCCACCACCACCCAGUACACCAGCACCGCCUGCGAGCCCGAAAUCUGCUCCUGGAGCGAGUGGUUCGACGUCGACUUCCCCUCCAAAGGGCCCAACCAGGGAGACUUUGAAACCUACCAGCACAUCCGGGCCGCCGGGAAGGAAGUCUGUCAGCAUCCAAAGGAGAUCGAGUGCCGGGCGGAGCAAUACCCCGACCUUCCCAUCCAGUCCGUCGGACAGGUCGUGCAGUGCGACGUCCACUUUGGGCUGGUGUGCAAGAACCAAGACCAGACGGGCAAAUUUAAGAUCCCCACCACCACCACCGUCCGCAGCACUCCAACCUCCACCGAGGUCACGACCUCCACCUCCACGCCCUUCUCCUCCACCGCCACGCUGCCCACCUCCUCAGAAACCACACCGCAAACCUCCACCAGCACCAGCAGCCCCACGCCCACACCUACCACGCACUUCCCCACCCUGAGCUCCACCACCACCCAGUACACCAGCACCGCCUGCGAGCCCGAAAUCUGCUCCUGGAGCGAGUGGUUCGACGUCGACUUCCCCUCCAAAGGGCCCAACCAGGGAGACUUUGAAACCUACCAGCACAUCCGGGCCGCCGGGAAGGAAGUCUGUCAGCAUCCAAAGGAGAUCGAGUGCCGGGCGGAGCAAUACCCCGACCUUCCCAUCCAGUCCGUCGGACAGGUCGUGCAGUGCGACGUCCACUUUGGGCUGGUGUGCAAGAACCAAGACCAGACGGGCAAAUUUAAGAUCCCCACCACCACCACCGUCCGCAGCACUCCAACCUCCACCGAGGUCACGACCUCCACCUCCACGCCCUUCUCCUCCACCGCCACGCUGCCCACCUCCUCAGAAACCACACCGCAAACCUCCACCAGCACCAGCAGCCCCACGCCCACACCUACCACGCACUUCCCCACCCUGAGCUCCACCACCACCCAGUACACCAGCACCGCCUGCGAGCCCGAAAUCUGCUCCUGGAGCGAGUGGUUCGACGUCGACUUCCCCUCCAAAGGGCCCAACCAGGGAGACUUUGAAACCUACCAGCACAUCCGGGCCGCCGGGAAGGAAGUCUGUCAGCAUCCAAAGGAGAUCGAGUGCCGGGCGGAGCAAUACCCCGACCUUCCCAUCCAGUCCGUCGGACAGGUCGUGCAGUGCGACGUCCACUUUGGGCUGGUGUGCAAGAACCAAGACCAGACGGGCAAAUUUAAGAUGUGCCUCAACUACAGGAUCCGCGUCCUCUGCUGCAGCCCCAACUACAACUGCCCCAGCAGCACAACCCUGCCCAUCUCCAGCCCCACCACCACCACCGUCCGCAGCACUCCAACCUCCACCGAGGUCACGACCUCCACCUCCACGCCCUUCUCCUCCACCGCCACGCUGCCCACCUCCUCAGAAACCACACCGCAAACCUCCACCAGCACCAGCAGCCCCACGCCCACACCUACCACGCACUUCCCCACCCUGAGCUCCACCACCACCCAGUACACCAGCACCGCCUGCGAGCCCGAAAUCUGCUCCUGGAGCGAGUGGUUCGACGUCGACUUCCCCUCCAAAGGGCCCAACCAGGGAGACUUUGAAACCUACCAGCACAUCCGGGCCGCCGGGAAGGAAGUCUGUCAGCAUCCAAAGGAGAUCGAGUGCCGGGCGGAGCAAUACCCCGACCUUCCCAUCCAGUCCGUCGGACAGGUCGUGCAGUGCGACGUCCACUUUGGGCUGGUGUGCAAGAACCAAGACCAGACGGGCAAAUUUAAGAUGUGCCUCAACUACAGGAUCCGCGUCCUCUGCUGCAGCCCCAACUACAACUGCCCCAGCAGCACAACCCUGCCCAUCUCCAGCCCCACCACCACCACCGUCCGCAGCACUCCAACCUCCACCGAGGUCACGACCUCCACCUCCACGCCCUUCUCCUCCACCGCCACGCUGCCCACCUCCUCAGAAACCACACCGCAAACCUCCACCAGCACCAGCAGCCCCACCAGCACAACCCUGCCCAUCUCCAGCCCCACCACCACCACCGUCCGCAGCACUCCAACCUCCACCGAGGUCACGACCUCCACCUCCACGCCCUUCUCCUCCACCGCCACGCUGCCCACCUCCUCAGAAACCACACCGCAAACCUCCACCAGCACCAGCAGCCCCACGCCCACACCUACCACGCACUUCCCCACCCUGAGCUCCACCACCACCCAGUACACCAGCACCGCCUGCGAGCCCGAAAUCUGCUCCUGGAGCGAGUGGUUCGACGUCGACUUCCCCUCCAAAGGGCCCAACCAGGGAGAUUUUGAAACCUACCAGCACAUCCGGGCCGCCGGGAAGGAAGUCUGUCAGCAUCCAAAGGAGAUCGAGUGCCGGGCGGAGCAAUACCCCGACCUUCCCAUCCAGUCCGUCGGACAGGUCGUGCAGUGCGACGUCCACUUUGGGCUGGUGUGCAAGAACCAAGACCAGACGGGCAAAUUUAAGAUCCCCACCACCACCACCGUCCGCAGCACUCCAACCUCCACCGAGGUCACGACCUCCACCUCCACGCCCUUCUCCUCCACCGCCACGCUGCCCACCUCCUCAGAAACCACACCGCAAACCUCCACCAGCACCAGCAGCCCCACGCCCACACCUACCACGCACUUCCCCACCCUGAGCUCCACCACCACCCAGUACACCAGCACCGCCUGCGAGCCCGAAAUCUGCUCCUGGAGCGAGUGGUUCGACGUCGACUUCCCCUCCAAAGGGCCCAACCAGGGAGACUUUGAAACCUACCAGCACAUCCGGGCCGCCGGGAAGGAAGUCUGUCAGCAUCCAAAGGAGAUCGAGUGCCGGGCGGAGCAAUACCCCGACCUUCCCAUCCAGUCCGUCGGACAGGUCGUGCAGUGCGACGUCCACUUUGGGCUGGUGUGCAAGAACCAAGACCAGACGGGCAAAUUUAAGAUGUGCCUCAACUACAGGAUCCGCGUCCUCUGCUGCAGCCCCAACUACAACUGCCCCAGCAGCACAACCCUGCCCAUCUCCAGCCCCACCACCACCACCGUCCGCAGCACUCCAACCUCCACCGAGGUCACGACCUCCACCUCCACGCCCUUCUCCUCCACCGCCACGCUGCCCACCUCCUCAGAAACCACACCGCAAACCUCCACCAGCACCAGCAGCCCCACGCCCACACCUACCACGCACUUCCCCACCCUGAGCUCCACCACCACCCAUGGUUCGACGUCGACUUCCCCUCCAAAGGGCCCAACCAGGGAGACUUUGAAACCUACCAGCACAUCCGGGCCGCCGGGAAGGAAGUCUGUCAGCAUCCAAAGGAGAUCGAGUGCCGGGCGGAGCAAUACCCCGACCUUCCCAUCCAGUCCGUCGGACAGGUCGUGCACCCCACCACCACCACCGUCCGCAGCACUCCAACCUCCACCGAGGUCACGACCUCCACCUCCACGCCCUUCUCCUCCACCGCCACGCUGCCCACCUCCUCAGAAACCACACCGCAAACCUCCACCAGCACCAGCAGCCCCACGCCCACACCUACCACGCACCUUCCCCACCCUGAGCUCCACCACCACCCAGUACACCAGCACCGCCUGCGAGCCCGAAAUCUGCUCCUGGAGCGAGUGGUUCGACGUCGACUUCCCCUCCAAAGGGCCCAACCAGGGAGACUUUGAAACCUACCAGCACAUCCGGGCCGCCGGGAAGGAAGUCUGUCAGCAUCCAAAGGAGAUCGAGUGCCGGGCGGAGCAAUACCCCGACCUUCCCAUCCAGUCCGUCGGACAGGUCGUGCAGUGCGACGUCCACUUUGGGCUGGUGUGCAAGAACCAAGACCAGACGGGCAAAUUUAAGAUCCCCACCACCACCACCGUCCGCAGCACUCCAACCUCCACCGAGGUCACGACCUCCACCUCCACGCCCUUCUCCUCCACCGCCACGCUGCCCACCUCCUCAGAAACCACACCGCAAACCUCCACCAGCACCAGCAGCCCCACGCCCACACCUACCACGCACCUCCCCACCCUGAGCUCCACCACCACCCAGUACACCAGCACCGCCUGCGAGCCCGAAAUCUGCUCCUGGAGCGAGUGGUUCGACGUCGACUUCCCCUCCAAAGGGCCCAACCAGGGAGACUUUGAAACCUACCAGCACAUCCGGGCCGCCGGGAAGGAAGUCUGUCAGCAUCCAAAGGAGAUCGAGUGCCGGGCGGAGCAAUACCCCGACCUUCCCAUCCAGUCCGUCGGACAGGUCGUGCAGUGCGACGUCCACUUUGGGCUGGUGUGCAAGAACCAAGACCAGACGGGCAAAUUUAAGAUGUGCCUCAACUACAGGAUCCGCGUCCUCUGCUGCAGCCCCAACUACAACUGCCCCAGCAAACCACACCGCAAACCUCCACCAGCACCAGCAGCCCCACGCCCACACCUACCACGCACCUUCCCCACCCUGAGCUCCACCACCACCCAGUACACCAGCACCGCCUGCGAGCCCGAAAUCUGCUCCUGGAGCGAGUGGUUCGACGUCGACUUCCCCUCCAAAGGGCCCAACCAGGGAGACUUUGAAACCUACCAGCACAUCCGGGCCGCCGGGAAGGAAGUCUGUCAGCAUCCAAAGGAGAUCGAGUGCCGGGCGGAGCAAUACCCCGACCUUCCCAUCCAGUCCGUCGGACAGGUCGUGCAGUGCGACGUCCACUUUGGGCUGGUGUGCAAGAACCAAGACCAGACGGGCAAAUUUAAGAUCCCCACCACCACCACCGUCCGCAGCACUCCAACCUCCACCGAGGUCACGACCUCCACCUCCACGCCCUUCUCCUCCACCUCCACGCUGCCCACCUCCUCAGAAACCACACCGCAAACCUCCACCAGCACCAGCAGCCCCACGCCCACACCUACCACGCACUUCCCCACCCUGAGCUCCACCACCACCCAGUACACCAGCACCGCCUGCGAGCCCGAAAUCUGCUCCUGGAGCGAGUGGUUCGACGUCAACUUCCCCUCCAAAGGGCCCAACCAGGGAGACUUUGAAACCUACCAGCACAUCCGGGCCGCCGGGAAGGAAGUCUGUCAGCAUCCAAAGGAGAUCGAGUGCCGGGCGGAGCAAUACCCCGACCUUCCCAUCCAGUCCGUCGGACAGGUCGUGCAGUGCGACGUCCACUUUGGGCUGGUGUGCAAGAACCAAGACCAGACGGGGGAUUUGAUUUAUAACAAAAUGGAUAGUGAUGGAUGUAGAUUUUAUGCUAUUUGUAGUCCAAAAUGUACAGUUGAACGUCACACUGUAAACUGUAGCAUCUCUACUCCUUCUACUACUACUUCACCUCAGUGGUCCACAACAUCAGCUACUUUGCCUACAUCAUCUGCAACAGUUCCUUUUUACGGUUGUGUUUCUGCUACCUAUCCUCCCUUACAGCCGGGUGAAAGAUACAAAUUAUCCAACUGUACAGAACUCCUCUGUAAGGGAAACAACAAGGUAGAAAUAAUCCCAACACACUGCCCACCUGUAAAGGAAAUUACUUGUGCGAAUAAAUAUCCAGCAAUACUGGUACCUGAUGAAAACGGCUGCUGUUACCACUAUGAGUGUCAAUGUGUGUGCAGUGGAUGGGGUGAUCCUCAUUAUAUUACUUUUGAUGGAACCUACUAUACCUUCCUUGAAAACUGCACUUAUGUCUUGGUGAAACAGAUUGUACCUAAAUAUGACAACUUCCGUGUCUACAUUGACAAUUAUUACUGUGAUGCAAAAGAUGGACUUUCCUGCCCUAAAUCCAUUAUUAUUUUCUACAAAUCUGCAGAAGUUGUGCUGACCCGUCAACUCAUGAAUGGUGUGAUGACCAAUGUGAUGUACUUCAACAAAAAGAUUGUCAAACCAGGCUUCAAAAAAGAUGGCAUUUCUUUCUCCACACUCGGCAUCAACAUGAUUGUGGAAAUACCAGAGAUUGGUGCAACCAUCACCUUUAGUGGGAUGAUUUUCUCUGUGAAACUCCCAUUCAGCAAAUUUGGCAACAACACCGAAGGACAGUGUGGAACGUGUACAAAUAAUAAAUUAGAUGAAUGCCGCUUACCAAGUGGUAAGAUAAUUUCUUCCUGUCCCCAAAUGGCUCAUCACUGGAUUGUUGAUGACAACAAGUCCUGUCAUGGCAUACCAAUACCACCAGUUGUAACCACACCUCCACCAAAGCCGCAGUGUGAAACACCUCCUCUCUGCAAGCUUAUCUUGAGCGAGAUUUUUGCAGAAUGCCAUGCUGUAAUACCACCAGAACCAUUUUUCAAAGGCUGUGUUUUUGAUGGCUGCCGCAUAGCUAAUGAAUCCAUGCAGUGUUCCAGUUUGGAGAUAUAUGCUACAGAGUGUGCUUCUAGAGGUGUCUGCAUUGAUUGGAGAGGCAAGACCAACAAUACAUGCUGGCCUGGCUGUGUCAUCAAUGAAACCUACUAUGCACCUGGAACUGUCAUUCCAUCAGGCCCCUGUGAGGAAUGUACUUGUUCUGAAUCCUCUUACUCAGGCCCUCACCACACUGUCAAGUGCAAGCCUGUAAUCUGUGACACAUACUGCCCAGAGGUUGGAGAAUUCUGGAACCCACCUGGUGAUAACUGUACAACUUACUCAUGUGAAAAACGUGAUGACCAGUUCAUUCAAGUAGUCUUACAGAAAAGCUGUCCUGCCUUUAAUCCUGAUGAGUGUGAUCCAAAUGACAUCAAGCUCUCUGAUGAUGGCUGCUGUAGAGAGUGCAAAAGGAUAAAGAUUUGUCAGAAGCACAGCACUAGUAUGGUCAUCAAGUAUCAUGGAUGUGUGUCUCCUGCACCUGUUGAGAUGUCAUACUGUGAAGGCAACUGUGACGCUUAUUCACGUCCUCAUAACUCCAUGGAUGUGAUUGGAAUUAGACAAGAAUACGGAAACAAUGUCAUCAUGGUGGCAGACUAUAAUCCAAGGGCUUUUUUCUCCUACAAAGCUGGUCUAAGGCUAUCUGACUAUGAAAUUAUUCCCGACAUUUUAUAUGAGCAGGCAAAAUCAGAUUACGCAGAGAAUUCAGAAGUAGAUUUGAAGGUUUAA